AUGGUGCCUGCCCUCCCGCCCCCUUUGACGGCUGUACCAGUAGGCUUCCAGCCAUUCUCUGCGACCCCAGCACACCUCGCCCCUCGGGUUAGCUCGGUCAGCGGUAAACUGGAUAUUCUCUCUCGCCCCAGGGCACCCUCGGCACCUCGAGCAUACGGUCUUGAUCACAACCGUCAACUGCUCCUCAGCUCUAUAGAAUUCGACUCUCGACCUUCUUACCUUGGAACACCCCUAGAUAAUCACGGCCACGUUAUGAACCAAUCCAUGGCACGGUUGUCAUACCCUCCCGCUGGACAUCCUCUUGCACCGGUCCCGGUGUACCCGGAAUGGGACCACCCUUCGCAGAUGCCGCGUGGGACUCUUCGCCAUGAUGCCAGGCCAAUGAACUCACCGGAAAGCCCAGAAUACAUAGUGGAAACAAACAGCCGGCGCGCUGCCGAUGUGACCCGAGGAAGCCCGCAAUACAAUUCCCAGAGACGGACUUCGAACCGGGAUGAAUUUGAUGGCCCGCAUCAAAUCCUAAAUCUCCCUUCUGCACGGAACCUCCCAGCCCGGGAGGAGGAGAUGCCCCAGCUCCCCACUAAUCUUGAUGCCGCAGACCAGGACAGGAUUCUGCACGAAGUCAAUGAUCGCCUCUCCCAAUGCGCCUUUGACUUCUUCGCACGUUACCAAUUCCCCAUUCCCCUGGAACAGGACAAGAGGCGAGUCCAGGUCCCUUCGGACCGUGAAUGGAAUGAGUGGGUGCAUCUCUUGCGGAGGUUGGCUACUCGUCGGCGCAUCCCCCGCCAUGCCCUGCACAACGGUCAAAUCAAGCAGUUGAUCACUGUUCUCGAAAAUUCUCUGGAGAUGCGUCAUGCUGCCAAGCACAGUUCCCGACCCAUCAAGGAUGACCGUAACGUGCUUCAGCUCAUCUCUGCCGGGACGCAGGUGGCUAAGAUCCUGAAGGAUUCGAAUGCCAUGCAGUUCUUCGAUGAUCUAUAUGUGGACACGGAGAAACUGAUACACGACCGUCGGCGCCGCGUGAGAUUCGCGAAUCCUUGA